AUGUACGUUAUACAAAAUGAAUUAUUGAAUUUAGUUAAAUCAUACCUAAAAUUAAAGUGUCCCAAAGUUGAACAAUCUGAUACAGGGUCGACCUUAUCACUUGAUUUUAAAGGCGGAAACAGCAAGACCUAUAGCCAGUGUGAAAAGUGUAAAAUUGUGGUGGAUUCUUUCAAAGAGGGCCUCAAACGGACUGCAAGAGGUAAACACGAGGGAGGUGACGCUCACUGGGAAGAGAAGAAGCUAAGCAAUUAUGCCAAUAGUGAGAUUCGCCUUACGGAAAUUCAAGAAAACCUCUGUCACGAAGUUUCGCUGGGGAAAGAUCAGUGCCACAGUUUUGCAGAAGAAUUUGAAAGUGCUUUGGAGGAGUGGUUUUUUCAGCAUUUGAAAAAGGAACGGGUGGAUCAGAUUGAUGAAGGCAGUUCGUUGUUUGAUCACUUGUGCAACGAUGUUGCCAGUGCUUGCUGUCCGGAAGGACACUACGGCCCAAGCUGCACUCCCUGUCAAGGAUAUCCCGAACAGGUCUGCAAUGGCCGAGGGUACUGCGCCGGAAAUGGAACUCGCGAAGGCAAAGGCAAUUGUAAAUGCUUUAGAGGCUACGGUGGGAAGCAGUGCGAGAAGUGCGCCAAAAGUUACUUUGAUGCUGAGGCCACUGAAAGCAGUGGCGAUUCUGCCAACCAAAUACCAAAAAUCUGUCAACGAUGUGACCGCUCAUGUGCCUCAUCCUGCCACUCUUCGGGACCAAGAGGCUGUCACGUUUGCGGGAAAGGCUACACCUGGGACCAGGAAACCGGAUGUAUCGACGUGAAUGAAUGCUCGGAACUGGAGGUCAACCCGUGCACGGAGUCAACUUACUGUUCGAACACCGUUGGCUCGUUCAAGUGUUUGCGUAAGUGUUUAACUGAUUUUGUUGGUCAUUGUCGGAAAAAGAAUGCAACAAGGCAUGCAAAGGAUGCUCUGGACCAGGAGAUAACAUGUGCCUUAAAUGCUCAGAAAACUUUGAGCUGA